AUUCUGCAGAUUACGACGCUCGGCUGCAGUGAUCUGGUGAUUGCCAUUACGAAACGGUUGCAGUUGUUGGAAUACACGGUUGAAGUCGUUGGUAUCGAAGCUUGUGUCUCCGACAGUUGAUCCAUUCCUUACGGUGACAAUAAGAAACGACAAGAAUGACUAUCACGCAUCUCCUCGCUCUGCUGGUGUUAUCGCCCACAUUGAUUGAUGCAGAGUGCAUUACAAGUUGCGCCGGCAAAUCAACGACUAACGGCGUCCGCUACCCCGACUGCGACGACUGCACCUACUACAUCAGAUGUGAACCAGCUGGCUUAUCACGCAGGAAGUGUCCAGCAACGCUGAAUUUCAACUCUGCUGAAAAUAACUGUGAUACUGUUGCAAAUGCAGUUUGCGGAACAACGUCAGCGACUACAUCCGCAACUACAUCAGCCACUACAUCUGCGACUACAUCUGCCACUACAUCUGCAACUACAUCUGCCACUACAUCUGCAACAACUUCAGCAACGACCUCACAGACAACGACAUCGCUAACGACUCCGGCAGAGGGGACAUGCGUGUCAUCGUGUGUGGGGAUCCCAGCCUCCAGUGAGAGGUACCCGCAUUGCACCAACUGCAACCUAUAUGUACAGUGUCUGCCUGGGGGGAUAACCAUCACCGCCUGUCCCUCCUCACUCCACCACAACGACGCCAACGACGAAUGUGACUUUCCCGCGAAUGCCGGUUGCACACUUACGUCACCAACGACGUCAGCAACAACUUCUGCAACGACGUCAGCGACUACAACAUCACGUACUACGUCACCAACAACGACUUCUCUUACGACCAAUCCCUCUAACGUCUGCCUCUCCAGCUGCAACAACGUUGCCGUCAGCAACGAGCGUUACCCGUACUGUGGGUCGUGCACCCAUUAUGUCCAGUGUCUCAACAGUGGGAUGACUUUGGUGAAAUGUCCCGGAAACCUGUGGCACAACGACGCCAUCGACGACUGCGACAUUCCAAGUAAUACGAUCUGCUACGCGACGACGACGACGUCCCAGACAACACCUGCUACAGCUGUAGCAUCAGGAACAACCGGGACCUGCAUCUCAUCCUGCUCCGGCCAGACCGACGGCAACUACCAGCACUGCUCCACAUGCUCCAGCUACAUCGCCUGCUCCAACGGCUUAAAAUACAGCAUGCCGUGCGCCGGAAACUUGAUCUGGGACAACGUAGAGAAACAAUGUCUAGGAACGUCGGGCACCUGCACCCCGAUCACCCCACCGUAAACUGCAAGAAGACUCGUCCCCUAAUCGAUGAAUGUUAUGUGCGAAAAUACGACAAACCAAUCGGAAUGCGUGUACGAUUUCAAGUUUGUCAAACAGUCCCUCAGAAAAAAAGUUUUGAUUUUACAUAUGAUUUGCAUCAAGAAAUAUACCCAAGAUGUGUUCAAUCAUACUGUAUAAUUCUGUACGUCCCGAUGUGCUUUAAAUUGCAUCUGAAAUAUAUGUAAUAUAAGGGGAAAUAUAUGUGAACCAUUAAGCAACGAGGUGACAAUUGAUUUAGGUAUACCCGUUUUUGCUAAGACAAAUCACCAUGAGUGGGGCAUGAAUCGCUAUUCGGCUUGUCCCGGAAUAACACGAGUUGGUCACGAAUGUUUCAGGAUAACUCGUGUUCUAUUCGGUACCACUCGUGUCAUUCCGGAACAAGCCGAGAUUCGUGGCCGUUUUAAACCCAAACGCGUCUCUCACAACCUCCCCGGUCAGAAUCUUAAACAGUUUGUCCCUUACAGAUAUUAGGAGUUCGGAUAAUUUUCAAUAUAGGUCAACACUUGAGAUUAUUUAGGAGUAUUUACAGGUACAUUCCCACUUUUUUUUCGUGUUUUCGUUUUCGAAGGGAGACGUUUUGUAGGGGGUCGGGUCUUGCAGUUUUACGGAAAUGGGGGACUCGUUGCUUUAACUUGUUUUUUGGGUCCGUCCCCCACCGAGCCUGCGUUCUUGUUAUGGAUGAGUUGUCAGGAAGGCAACAGUUUUUUUAGAUUCCAUCAAAGAGCAACUGAGGAAAAGAUGUAAUGUGGCCUUUGAAUAAAAAAAUAUGCAUUUUGAAAA